AGUGAUGUGGCGCGAUAUUUUUUUAUAUUUAACACUAAUCGUUUUAUUUUUCUUUAUUUUCUUGGCACAAUUAAUUGUCAAUGUGUAUGCAUUUCAACGUCAGCCCCCCGUACCGAAACCGAAUGCCGAACGUAAUGAUAUAAUCUUUGUAUAA